AUAUUUUUACACACAAAAAAAAUGUCAAAACGUACUACAGAAGAUAUGGAUAUUUCGGACUUUAAAGUCCCAAAAGCUCCCUUCGGUCAACCCCAGGAAAAAAUUAAGUCGAUAAAAGAAUUAGAGGGCAUUGGAGAUUUUGAAGACCCUUGGGAAGACGAAUAUGAAACAGAGUCUGAAGAAGAAGUAGUUGAAGAGGAAAAUAAUGAGGACAAAGAAGGCGAUGAAAUGGACGUUGAAGAAACUGAAGAAUUACAAGUAUAUCUUCCUGGACAAGAAUUGCAAAAUGAUGAGGUUCUCGAGGCUGAUCAGUCAGCUUAUGAAAUGUUACAUUCUAUGAACGUAAGAUGGCCAUGCCUCAGUUUUGAUAUAUUAUGGGAUAAUUUAGGCGAAGACAGGAAAAUGUAUCCUGCUACAACAUAUAUCGUCGCUGGAACACAGGCAGAUAAACCAAAAAAUAAUGAAUUGAUAAUAAUGAAAAUGUCCCAACUUCAUAGAACGCAAAAUGAUGAUGAUUUAAAUGAUUCUGACAAGGAAUCUGUUGAUUCGAAUAAUGAAAAAUUAGAUGAAGAUCCAAUUUUGGAAGAGAAAAGUUUAAAACAUUAUGGAGGUGUCAAUCGCGUUAGAGUCACGCCACAAAAAGAUCUUCAAAUAGCUGCGUCUUGGGCUGAUACGGGAAAAGUACAUAUUUGGGAUUUGAGCCCAGUUGUAAAAGCAUUAGACACCAAAGGUUACCAAAUUUCGCAAAAGUCUUCUAAGCCAUUAUAUACAAUAGAGAGCCACAGCACUGAAGGAUUUGCAAUGGAUUGGUCAGGAACUGUCCCCGGAAGGCUGAUAACAGGAGAUAAUCACACACAUAUUUAUCUCACAACAAAGACACAAUCAAACUUUACAGCGGAUCGAAUACCAUUCGUAGGUCACUCGUCAUCAGUUGAAGAUUUACAAUGGUCUCCCACUGAAAAAAAUGUAUUUGCAAGUGCCUCGGCAGAUCAAACAAUACGUAUAUGGGAUACUCGAAGCAAAAAGAAAGAAGUUUUAUGUGUUAAGGCUCAUGAUGCGGACGUAAACGUUAUUACUUGGAAUCGAAAAGUUGACUAUCUGCUUGCUUCAGGUUCGGAUGAUGGUGUGAUAAGUAUAUGGGAUUUACGCACAUUUGUAAAUAAAGAAACGAAACCUUCACCUGUUGCAAAUUUCAAGUGGCAUUCUGCGCCAAUUACAUCUAUCGAAUGGCACCCCACUGAAGAAUCGGUUUUUGGUGCAUCAGGUGCAGACGACCAGAUUUCUAUAUGGGAUCUUUCGGUUGAACAUGAUCCCGAAGAAAAUUCUGAUAAGAUUAUCGGAAAAAGCGGUGUAGAAGUUCCUCCGCAGUUACUCUUUGUACACCAGGGUCAAAAUGAUAUCAAGGAAGUACAUUGGCAUCAACAAAUCCCUGGAUGUAUGAUAAGCACAGCAGCUUCUGGAUUCAAUAUUUUCAAGACUGUUUCUGUAUAAAUAAUAUAUUUAAUCCGAGUGUUAUUGUUCACACAGGAUCAUAAAAUUUUAAUUACUAUUAAUAAUAAAAUUCGAUUAUCUAUUUAAACUUUAUUUGUACAAUCAUUUGUACAAUCAUUUGUAUACAAUAAUAAAACUAUACGCUCAAAA